AUGGCGGCUCUGGCCAGUAGCCUGAUCCGGCAGAAGCGGGAGGUCCGCGAGCCCGGGGGCAGCCGGCCCGUGUCGGCGCAGCGGCGCGUGUGUCCCCGCGGCACCAAGUCCCUUUGCCAGAAGCAGCUCCUCAUCCUGCUGUCCAAGGUGCGACUGUGCGGGGGGCGGCCCGCGCGGCCGGACCGCGGCCCUGAGCCUCAGCUCAAAGGCAUCGUCACCAGACUGUUCUGCCGCCAGGGUUUCUACCUCCAGGCUAAUCCUGACGGGAGCAUCCAGGGCACCCCAGAGGACACCAGCUCUUUCACCCACUUCAACCUGAUCCCCGUGGGGCUCCGUGUGGUCACCAUCCAGAGUGCCAAGCUGGGUCACUACAUGGCCAUGAACGCGGAGGGGCUGCUCUACAGCUCGCCACAUUUCACAGCUGAGUGUCGCUUUAAGGAAUGCGUCUUCGAGAAUUACUAUGUCCUGUACGCUUCUGCUCUCUACCGGCAGCGCCGCUCCGGCCGGGCCUGGUACCUGGGCCUGGACAAGGAGGGCCGAGUCAUGAAGGGAAAUCGAGUCAAGAAGACCAAGGCAGCCGCCCACUUUGUGCCCAAGCUCCUAGAGGUGGCCAUGUACCGGGAACCUUCUGUCCACAGUGUCCCUGAGACCUCCCCUUCCAGUCCCCCUGCCCCCUGA